AUGGCGCGUCGGAGUGGCAGUGCGGCCCGGCUAACUUCCCUGGAGGUGGCCUCGGCGAAGCACCACUCUGGCUCCAGGAGAAGCCUCGAGAGGGACGGGGGGGCCAAGUGUCACUCUGAACAAGUCGUGCGGUUGCCCACCCCCCAGAAGGGGGUCAUUGACACAACUAAAUCUGACAGUAAAAGUGGCAAUGGUGGGGGUGUCUUCUCUACCGGCAGUGAGUAUCCAAACACGCUGCGGCAGGAGCCGCUUGCUGGCGGUCUCCUCCCGGAGGGUCGGGGUGGCGCUGUAGCGGCAAUGGCAAAUGACCUGCCAUCCUUUACUGGACCAGGUCCAUCUAAUAAAAUUCACUAUGACAAAAUUUUUAGUUGCUUUGCGGCGGGCAAUGGCCUUCUAUUCCGUCUUGUAGACGAACGGCACCAUACGUGGGCGUAUUACAACGACACGGCAAGCUACACCAUGCACGUCACCGUUACGUUUGGGCGGGAGAGCACUGUUGAAGCCCUUGGUGCGGCGGUGUGCACUGUGACAAAUGCGGCAUCCGGGCGAUGUCGCAUAGACCUUCUCCUCCCUCCCGGGAGGACGGAGCUGUUCAUGCAUGGCGAGUACAACGGCUUUUCUAGCCACUACGAAGUCGUGCCCCCGCACAUGGCGCCGACACAAACGAGGAAAGGAAACAGCAGAGAAAGAGAAUCGGGCGAAAAGUCAAGAUAA